AUGAAAUACUUGUUCGAAAAGGAGCUGUUUGACUCUGGUCUAUUCAGCCAUCUUAAAGGGAAAGGAAAACCAAUUGGUCAGAGAAGUAUGAGCAUUGACUUCUGCAAGCCUAUCGACACUUCUUACUUCGAUCUAUACAACGAAUUCUCCAAUUCAAGGGAGCUAAAAUAACUUCAUUAUUAUUGGAGGAACCUCUGCCAAUAAACAGGGUAGAUAUAAGCAUAAAAUCAAGAAGAAGACUCAAAAAUACAACAAUUUAACGAUUCUCAAAAGCUCUUUGGAAGUCCCUAAAGUGUCUUUCACUCGGAAGUCACAUAGCAAGGAAGCGGGUAAGUUGAAGCUAGACGCAAACAAAGAGAAAAUGAAAGAAAUUAUGGACACUCUCAAGCUCAGAAUGCCUAAAAAGUUAUCUACUCACCAUCGAAACCAGUCGUCCCAUAAGAUUGGAUACAGCUAUGAUUUCUACAAUAAAGGUGCAUGUUUGCAUUCAAAAAUACAUAACCAAAAUAGCCAAUACAGAAGGCAGAUGAGCAACAACAAGUACAAAAGAAGCAUUUGAACCAUGGACACUAAAUCCGUCCUUGGCAUUGAGCGCAAAGCUGAAGGAAGUCUCACCUGAAAAGGCAAACUAGAAGUCAAUUUAAAGCCAAGAAAUUAUAAAAAUACCAUUCAACAGGUCCGAAGGAUAUAUGGAAAAGAAGUCACGGGCGUAAAUUCAUCAAUUUGUCAAAAAGAUCACAUCCGGAAAAGGAGGUCUAGACAAAAUGCCUACUCUAGUAACUAUACUAACUGAAUAAUCCAGAAAGACCCUAGAAGUUCAGUUAGUAUCGGAAGGUCGAGGAAUGGUAACUCGAAGAUUCGGCACCUCAAGGUCUGCAUUGAUCCGGACUCUGCAAGAAAGCAUGAUGUGUAUACCUCCUUUGCUCAGCCAGAGAGAGCUAGUAUUGUUGCCACAAUUAAAGGACCGAGAUUCAAAGUUAGAUCGGUUCCCCCAAAGAACAAGUUGAUCAAAAGCACUAAGGAGCUAUUCCAAGAGGAUUUUCAAAGAUAUGCUACCUUUUGGGAUAAAAAGAGGCAUCCUAAGGCUCUUAAGCCAAUAAAAGAACCUCUUAAGUACCCAAAACAACUCAUCUCAAGCCCUAAAGUAACAAAUUCUCGCAGAAAGACUGGUAAGAGAGGUCUUUAUCUUAACCCUGAGAAGUUAUUUAACUCAAAAACUCGGAGAACUUUUGGAACGAGCAGCAUGAAAGACUCAACUCGAGUAUCUGAAACCUACAGUAACAUCCACACAAAUGAUGGCCGAAAGAGAGGCUUUGUCGCUAGCAGCACAAGGAACAUGAAGCGGUCAGAGAAUUGUCUCUACAAGAACAAAAGCAGUAGCAAGAACCUUGUGUCAUUGGACAAAAUCCCUCGCUUAAAAAUAUAAAGUGAUUAUCAAAAGCUUCAAAAA